AAGAGAUAGUCUUCUAUAGCAUAUCCUCUAUACUCAAAAUUAUACUAUAUUAUACUGUCUUAUUUAGAUACUUCGAUUUUCCGGUCGCGCGAGAUUUUUUUUUGGUUACCGGAACCGGUAGUAUUCGUGCGGCAGUAUUUAAGCCGAAAGCAGUGGUCAUUUCGUUCCAGUCUGGUUUUGUCUUCAAAAUCAGACACAAAAGGAUAAUCGGAGCCCUUUGUUUGUUCAAGGAUCGGAUAUCAGUUAAUUCUUUGGAUUUAUAUCAGUGCUUUUCUAUCGUCUUCAUGGAGUUCCAGCGUGUUGAGCAUAGGGAUAAUGUGGGCGUGGCAGGCCUUGAUGUCGAUGUUGUUGACAAUAAGUUUCGAAGGCAUAUGACCGAUGUGAAGAACUUUUGCAGGAAGAUUACCCGCAGCUGGCACCUAGUUGCACCCUACUUGGAUAAAAAAAUUUCUAUCGAUGCUGCUGGCAAAAAGACACCUAUCCAAGACAGCACUGAACGACCUAGUAUGGUGAAGAAGUUGCUACCUGAAGGUGAUGUUGAGGCUACUGAAAGGCCAGGUAACACAGAACAACACUGUGCUUGUUGUUGCAGAAAAGCGGUUAGGUGUCUCAACCCUUUUGACAUUUAUUAUAUUUAUUAACAGGGCUUUUUGGCAAGAUGUUGACUGGACCGUGGAUGACACUGAUCUACAAAAUGAAAGAUGAAACAUUUUAAAGAUACCAUUUAUGCAGCUAUUAUGUUUAUUCUCUUGUUUUCUAGAUCUCUCAUGUGAAGGUCUGCAUUGACAAACUAAAGGCCAUUGUGAAUUCUCCAGAGAAUCUCCUUUCAAUACUAAUUGAUUGCUUUGGCCAGACUCUGGAUACUGAAGAUCUCGUUCUGAAAACCCUGAGAAAUGUGACUGUUGAUGAAGUAUUUAUCGAGAUCGCUAAAGAACUUGCUGAAGGUUUUUGUAAGGUGCUACAGAGACAGUACUUCAAUUGAUAAUUUCCAACAACAAACAAAUCCAUUAUGUGCUUACCCAUCAAAUAGUUAGAUAUAUUUUAUUUUAAAGGAACAUGUUGCAUAUCUGGGAUGUUAUUUAUUUAAUGUGAAAAAUAUAAUUUCACAAUACAGCUGAUAAUUGUGCAAUGAACCAUUUAUAUUAAGUCUUGAUAAUUUUACCUUUUCAGCAAGCCUACAUUGGUAUGCAUUAAAACUAUUUAUUCUAUUUCAGCAAAACAGAUAGGGUACGGUACACCCAAACAAUGUUCAUCUUCAAACAAUCAUGCAUGAUCCUCACAAGCUUUGGAUACUGACGUACAUUUGCAAACGCACUCAGACUGAUGACAUCAAGAAAUCUAUAUUUGUUAUUUACAUUAUAU